AUGGCAUCGAGCAAUGAAGAGAUUAUUGAGCAGCUUUCGCUCCAGCUACUGGAGCAGACAGAGAAGAACUCGAAGCUGGAGGUGAGUCUGCUGAAUAGCCACCAGAAAAUCCAGGAACUGAAGCGCCAACUGGUGGAGAGCCGAAAACAAAAGGAGGAUAGCGAUAAAGAAGUCGAGCGUUUGAGCUAUGAGAUGGAGGACCUGAGUGCUACGCUGUUUGACCAGGCCAACGAGAAGGUGAAGGAGGCAAACAUCGUUGCGAACGAUUUCAAGCUGAGAAACGAAAAACUAGUCGAGACACUCAAGGAUCGCGACACAACAAUAGACGUGCUUAACAACGAGCUCAGGAACCUCAAACGGCUCAUAGCCGAGCUGGAGCACCAGGAUCCGUCGCAGACACCGCCAUCCACCGUGAAUUCGGAACUAGUGCCAGAUUCGCAGUUCACGCUUCCCAAACUGAUAAAAUACAACGGCCAGCCCAUAUACUCUCCAACAUUCAACCAGCUGCGUUUUGACCUGCUUUUGUUCAACCAGUUCAAAGAGUCACUAGAGAACUUUCAGAAUAUCAGGGAAACGUCCUUCUAUCGCCACUUGGUGAGCGAGGAGAUCGAGCCGGUGUUGCGUCUAGACCUGUCUCCUUCAAUCAAGUUUUUCCAGAAAAAAUCGUUUAUCAACAGUCUGUUCGAGUCGAAAGUCGUCAUAGAGCCAUUGAGCGCCUCGACAGAGCUCUGGAAGGCCGCACAGGCCCAGUCGGUGCCGUCGUCGCCGCCGCUGUCUGUCAAGAGCCUCAACCUGAGAAUGUUCAAGUACGAGACAGACAGGCCGGUGGCCAUGGAGGCCAAGUGUUCUCUGUGCGGAGAGGCGCGGAUGGGCAUCAACUAUGCUAGAUUGUAUGUCUUGCGAGUGAGAGAGGUGGAGUAUUUGCUGUGCAUCUCGUGCGCUACCAAGCUGAGACGGACCGUGGACUUAUUGUCUCGCAUCAAAAAUAUCCCGCAGACGCAGGAAGAAGAGGAGGUGUUACGCGUAUGGUGCGAGCUCGCAGAGCUGCGCGGCCGCUUGUUCUAUUCGAAGCUGGGCAUUUGGGACGAGUCUGACGAAAGUGGACUGGUGUACGGCUGGAAGAACAGCUGGCUCGGUCAGCAACCUGUCCAGGAGAUUAAUAGCGCAGAAGCUCUUGAAGAGACAGAGCAAACACCCCAGACUGUUCCAAAUGUCGACACAGCCAGCGACAAGACCGUGCAGUUGGAGAACGGCAAGGACGAGCCUGCAGAGCCUGCAGAGCCUGUUCCGGAGCCCGCGUUCAAGGAGGAGCUCGAAGUCGACCUGAAACUCCAGAAGGUUGCCGUGUCGUCCGGCACCGACGACAUCCUCGAUAAUUACACCAACACGUCCGACGAGGAGUUCAACGACGCUCAGGAAGCACACUCUGUAACCAACGACUAG